AUCCAAAAAUUCCAAAGAAAGACAAACAAAACAAAAAAAAAAAAACAAAAUCUGAAUGGAAAAGGUAAUGAGUGGAGAAGGAAAGAAAGUGUGUGUAACUGGUGCUUCAGGUUACAUAGCAUCCUGGAUUGUCAAGCUCUUGCUUCAACGAGGUUAUGUUGUCAAUGCCACUGUUCGCAGCCUAAAUGAUCCCACGAAAACGGACCACUUGCUUGCAUUGGAUGGUGCUGAACAUAGGCUUCACCUGUUUGAAGCAAACCUCGUCGAGGAAGGUUCCUUUGAUUCUGCAAUUCAUGGAUGUGACGGUGUUUUCCAUACUGCAACUCCCCUUAAAUUUAAUUCAGAAAACCCUGAGGCAGAAGUGAUUGAUCCUGCUGUGAAAGGAACUCUUAAUGUACUUGCCUCGUGUGCAAAAUCCCCGUCUGUCAAACGAGUGAUCUUCACAUCUUCUACUGCGGCAGUAUCACACACUGAUACACCUCUUACCAAUGAAACAGUAGUUGAUGAAACAUGGUUUUCUUCUCCUGAGUGCUGCAAGGGCAAAAUUGGGGAAUGUUAUUUACUCUCUAAAACCUUAGCCGAGGAUGCAGCAUGGAAAUUCGCCAAAGAGAAUGGCAUUGACAUGGUAUCGAUAAACCCUGCAGCUGUAAUCGGCCCAAUGUUGCAGCCAACCACGAAUAUUACUACCUUUUUCUUUGUAUUUAACUUGAUUAAUGGGUCGGAAACUUAUUCAAAUGCUACUUUUGGGUGGGUUCAUGUCAAGGAUGUUGCUGAAGCACAUAUUCGAGCUUUUGAGAUCCCUACUGCUAAUGGGAGGUACAUAUUGAGCGAAACUGUUGCACAUUUUGCAGAUUUAGUCAAGAUGUUGCGCGAGCUAUACCCAAAUUCAAAACUCCCUAACAAGUGUGCAGACGAUGAGCCACUUGAUGCGACUUACAAGCUUUCGAAUGAAAAGGCUAAAACCUUAGGCAUUGAGUUCAUUCCCUUAAAAAUCGCGCUCAAAGAGACCGUCGAGUGCUUAAAGGAGAAGUUCAACAUUACAACCACAGUCGAGGGUGAAUGGUUUUUGCAACAAUAAAGGGAUGCCUUUAUUAUUGUUGUUAUAAUUUAUUGUUAAUUUGGUAGCUAUGAUAAUGAUAUUAUCUACUGUAAUAAUGUGGGAUGGGCCUGAUUGUUUGAGAAUGGUAAUUAAAUUCAAUGAUUAAAUUUUGGACCUUAGAACAUAAAAGCAUACUUUCUAUAAUUACUCUAUAUGAUAAUUUUGCUUA